AUGGGUGAUUUACAGCAAAUACGUGUUGAGGUUAACAAUGCAUUUAAACUUAGUGGUUUCACAAUUCGUCGAGAAGCAUGUACUUUUGUUGCCGAACAGCUUGCUGCUCUAUCACACCAGGAGCGACAGAAAAUGAUCGACAAACUUACAGCUCAUCUUCUCCAUCAAUGCCUUUCAGAGCCUGUAUUAGAAAAACAACACUUGGAAGUUGCUUUUAGAGAGUGUUCAUCGUUGGGAUUAGAAGAAACUGAAUCAAUACUAAAUGUUAUUGAUGCAUUUAAUAUACCAAAGGUGUGUUAUGAUAAUGAAAGAAAGAAAUUUGUGAAAGAUGUGACUGCAAGAAACAAUUUAUAUCCUGAACCGAAAUGGAGAGCACAGAUGUUAGUUGACAGAUAUACAGUGAUCUGGCAGAGGACUGCUCGGAAUAAGUUGUUUGCAAAGGAAACAUUACCUUCAAUGGAAAGUGAAAAUCGGUUUCAGUUACGUACAAUAGAGGUUCUGCUCAGUUCAUCAAGUAGAAUAAAUGAGGUUAUUGUGCUGGGCCUUCUCACACAACUCACUGAAGGUAAAUUUUACUUGGAAGAUCCAACUGGAAGUGUACUAUUAGAUAUGAGUCAAACAAGAUAUCAUUCAGGAUUGUUCACUGAAAACAGUUUUGUACUCGCUGAAGGUUAUUAUGAUGACAAGGUUCUAUAUGUUAUGGGUCUUGUUCUGCCACCAUCUGAGAGUAGGGCAACUUCACUACCAUACUUUGGCAGCUUAAACACAUUUGGUGGUAAAUCUAAAACUUUACUGAAAAACUCUCAAAAUCUUCUAAAGAUUGAGCAGGAAAAUGAGGAUGGCAUGAUCGUGUUUCUCUCAGAUGUUUGGUUUGACAACUUGAAAGUUAUAACAAAGUUAAAAGCUCUUUUUAAUGGAUAUAAUGAAUUUCCACCAAUUGCAAUAGUGUUCAUGGGUGAAUUUCUAUCAUGUCCUUAUGGUUAUGAACAUAGCACACAGCUAAAAGCUGCCUUGACACAUUUAGGCGACAUUAUUUUUCAAUUUACAAAACUCCGAGAAACUUGUAAAUUUAUUUUCAUACCAGGCCGUGGUGAUCCAGCUGCGGCAAAUAUAUUACCAAGACCAGCAAUUCCGAACUCUGUUACCAAGGACAUUAGAGAAAAAUUGGGUGAUUCUGUGGUCUUUACAACCAAUCCAUGCAGGAUUCAAUAUUGUACACAGGAAAUUAUUGUACUCAGACAGGACUUGGUAACAAAAAUGUGUAGGAAUUCUAUCCAUUUUCCAGAUACGGGUGAUAUUCCCGAUCACUUAACGAAGACGCUUUUAAGUCAAUGUACAUUAUCACCGUUAUCAUUAGCAAUCCAACCUGUUUAUUGGAAACACGCUGAUGCAUUAAGUUUAUAUCCUAUGCCUGAUUUAGUUGUUGUUGCAGACCAUUUUCAACCAUAUACAAGGGCCUAUCAGAAUUGCCAAGUGAUUAAUCCUGGAUCAUUCCCUCGGACUGAAUAUUCAUUCAAAGUGUACAUACCUUCAUCUAAAACUGUUGAGGAUUCUCAAAUACCAAAAGAGGAUAUAUAA